CUCCGCACUUUGACUUCUCUUGCUUCUGCUUGGCUCAUUCGCUUCAUCUUUCUUUCCCCUCGAAUUCACUUCGAUGAUGUGUGUCUGUGAGUGAUAAAAGAAAAAAAAACCAAAGUGCGAAAAAUUUUGUUUUCGUUUGUAUCUGUGCGUGCAUCAUCAUGUCGACUAACAACGAGAAGAAUGCGAUCAACAGUAUGGCUAAUGGUAACAGCAUGUCAACCAAUACGAUCAUCAUGAAUUCGAGUAGCAACGACAAGGACCGAGACGUGGAAAGAGGGGAGCCAAGUGGAGGUACACUAGUGGUGGGGCAGUCAGCGGCGGCGGGAGCGACAUCGGCGGUCGCAGAGUCGGCCUCGGCACCAGGUGGCAGCUGCCGCGGUCGUCGCUGGGCCUCAGUCGCUCGUCUGCUGCGGCGCCUGCUCGUGGCAAUGAUCCUGAUCACAGGCCUUCUGGCCGCCCUCGCCGCGUUAUGGCUCUACAUGGGCCCUACCUUCAUCCUGCAGCUGUGCAUCGUCGCCGUCGUCGCCUAUUUCGUUGCUGGUGGCAGGCUCAAGUGGGUCAUCGUUGCGCUCAAAACUGCUCCGCGUGACCUCAAGGCAAUACUCCGUUAUGUUCAGUUGCUGUGGACAAUAAAAGGGCAUGAGAAAAAAGACCGCAGUGUCGCCGAUGUAUUCCGUCAGCACGUGGCCAAAAAUCCUAACAAGCUGUGUCUUAUUUACGAGGAUCAAGAAUGGACGUUUCAACAGGUCGAAGAUUACAGCAAUAAAGUCGCAUCGGUGUUCAAAGCCCAUGGAUACAAGAAGGGCGAUACGGUGGCGCUAUUGUUGGAAAAUCGACCGGAAUACGUUGCUAUUUGGUUGGGCCUUAGCAAACUUGGCAUUAUAACGCCUCUUAUCAAUACUAAUUUAAGAAAAAGUUCGUUGCUGCAUAGCGUCACAGUUGCAGAAUGUCAGGCAUUGAUUUAUGGAGCCGAUUUGGCUGAAGCCGUAAAAGAUAUUUCGUCAUCGCUGGAUGCAAAGAUGGCACUGUAUCGUUUUUCGGACAACCUGAAAUUGCCAACAAACGGACUAAAAGAGAAGGAGCUGGGCAACUUUUUGGCAGAUGCUCCAAGUGUGCCACCGGUAAUCCAAGAAAAGGGUUGCUACGGUGACAAACUCAUGUACAUCUAUACCAGCGGCACCACGGGCUUACCCAAAGCUGCCGUCAUCACCAACUCCAGAUUCAUGUUUAUUGCUAGUGGAAUACAUUACCUAGCGCCUUUCAAGAGUUCCGAUAGAUUUUACACACCUCUACCGCUCUACCACACGGCGGGUGGAGUGAUGACUAUAGGUCAAAGUUUAUUACACGGCGGUACAGUCGUCAUUAGGAAAAAGUUUUCUGCCAGUGCAUACUUCGGCGACUGUAUCAAGUACAAUUGCACGGUGGCGCAAUAUAUUGGAGAGAUGUGUCGUUACAUAUUGGCGGUGCCACCCAAACCUGAGGAUAAGAAGCACAAAUUACGUGUUAUAUUUGGAAAUGGCCUGAGACCGCAAAUUUGGCGAGAAUUUGUCGCACGAUUUGACAUUCCUCAGGUGUGCGAAUUUUAUGGCGCCACUGAAGGCAACGCUAAUAUAGUGAACGUUGAUAAUACCGUCGGAGCUAUUGGCUUUGUAUCGCGUAUAUUACCUGCUGUUUAUCCUAUUUCGAUUAUCAAAGUCGAUGCUGAUGGGGAGCCAAUCAGAAAUUCGAAAGGACUGUGUCAAGUUUGCGAGCCAAACGAGCCUGGCGUAUUUAUUGGCAAAAUCAUUCCAAACAAUCCAACUAGGGCAUUCUUAGGAUACGUAGAUAAAAAAGCAUCCAAGUCUAAAAUCGUUCAUGACGUAUUUAGCAAGGGUGAUUCAGCAUUUUUAUCAGGUGACAUUCUAGUAGCUGAUGAGCUUGGUUAUUUAUACUUUAAGGACAGAACUGGUGACACAUUUCGCUGGAAAGGUGAAAAUGUCUCGACGUCUGAGAUUGAAGCUAUUGUCAGUAAUUUUAUCAAUUAUAGGGAUUGUGUGGUCUAUGGUGUCGAGGUUCACGGAGCGGAGGGCAGAGCUGGUAUGGCAGCUAUUUACGAUGCGGACGGUACUUUGAACAUUGAUCGACUAGCUACCGACGUACGGGAGCAAUUACCUAGCUACGCUAGGCCGCAAUUUAUUAGGAUAUUAACCAAAAUUGAUCUCACUGGUACGUUUAAGUUGAAGAAGAAGGAUCUACAAAUCGAUGGCUAUGAUCCAAGAAGAAUAAAGGACAAACUUUAUUAUAUGGAUCCGAAGACUGGUUACGAGCCACUUACGUCGGAUGCUUACGACCAAAUCAAAAAUGGCAAAAUUCGCUUUUGAGGCGACAUUGGUGCACACGAAUGAGCGUGGGUCAGUGGAUGUUGUACAAAAUACAAAAGUAAAAACAACUCCGAUGAGGGAAAGAAGGAAACUGAGUUUGCAGCACAAAAGCUAAAUACAGACACAAAAUGAAAUGAAUGCGCACCGCGAAAAAGAAAACGUACACCAAGAAAGCUUUAGUACAUCUAUAGCAUUCGUCGCGAACUUUCCUUUUGUAAAUAAAAAAUAACAAACGUUCGCGCCUAUCGGAGAGAGGUUGAAAAUCAAGAUUUGUUUCGAGUAAAAUAAACUCCAGUCAGAGUUUAAUAUUUCGAAGCACGUUGAUGACUAUCGUGUUAUUUUCUAUAAAAGAUGAAAACAAAGUUAUUGAUGAACAAAAAAUCUCAAAAAUAUUGUUUUCCUCUAGAAGAAAAAAGUAAGUAAAUAAAAUCGUUACGCUUCGGCUUCGAUUCUUAUCCUUGAAUAAUGGAAAGUCUAUAGGGUAAUAGUCACGUAGAAUAUUUUUAUUUUGUUUUAUUAUUGAAGUUUAAUCACUUUCUUCUAAGUUAGUGAAAUGAAACUUUAAAAGAAUUAAUAUGUAUAUUUAUGCGAAUAUAUAUACGUUUUUAUAUCUUUAUUUAUUUCAUUACGGAGAACCUCGAUAAUUUCGCCGUUUAAUUCUUCCAAUUUUGUACGCUUCCAUUUGUUUACUUAAGUUGUGUUGCACAAUAUUUUAAUGUGAAAAAUAACAAAACGAACAAAUAUAUUUUCUACGAAACUAUUGAUGUAAGCUUGUGAAAUAAUGUAGCAUAAUAUUUUAUAACGCCAAGUUUUUUCAGUGUCUCUUUUGAGUAGCUGUGAUAUGCCUGCAUCUUGCUUCGUAGACAAUAAUGUGUUUAUUAGUAAAAUUACUUUUACCAUUGUCCAAUUUAUACUAUUUACAAAUCGAACUCUCAUAGAUAUAUUAUUUCAAGGUUUUACAGUCGACUUUUUUCAAUUUGAAUGAACACUACAUGCCCUUCAUCUUUAAGCAAUUUUAAUAAUAAUAGAAUGUAGUUAUAAACAAAAUUUACAUGCUUCACAAAAAUAUCAAUUAAAAUUUACAACACAAAUAUAACAGGAGAGUUAAGACGGAAGUGUAAAAAAGUUUAGCUGAAACGCUAUAUAAUAUAAUUUGUAAAAUUGCAAUGAGAAAUUUUUCACAGAUUCCGUUCAUCCAUGACACCAAAAUAGAUUAGGGAAGACUAGUUUCAUGAUAUAACGAUGUAACGAUACGUAACGAUAUUACCGAGUUUAUGAAGCUAAAGCAAAACUAAAAACUGCUGUAACUAAACUUUGCAUCCAUUUUAAGAAAAAAGGCAAUUUUGAAUCAACAUGUAAACUGCAGCAUUAGACGUAAAAAUAGCUAUGUA